GUCUGAGCGGCCCGAAGCGACCUCAAAGUCUCAGCAUGGCGAGCCCACGACUGCCGCCUUGGGUGCCGGACUGGCUCGAGGCUGCUUUUGCUUCGCCACGUGCGCAUCACAACGAUGACGGGGCGCAUCAUUCGCUUCCAACAGAGUCCUCUCCACCCGUCGUCCCGACCAUUGAGCUGACGCAAACGCCGCCGUCGUCGUCCUCGAGCCCGAGCCUGGACCCAACGUUUCUGUCGACAGCAGCGAGUCCGGGGAUCGGGGGCGCGGACGACGGCAUCGCCCAGUGCCAUGCUGCGGGCCCGCACGUUUCGAGUCACGUCUUCAACGUGGAUGGCAUGAGCCUGCGAGGAGCAAGUAGAGAUGCGUCGACGUUGGACGACAGCGCGAAUACUGAGAGCACGUAUGUCACGAACCAGCUCAGCGUCAGGAGGAGAGAAAAGAAUGUCAUUGUCACGCCCAAGCCUGACCGGGUCGUUCAUCGAAAGCUGAGAGGGAUUCAUCUGUCGGUGCGUCCGUCGUCUUCCCAGUCCGCAGUUUAUAAGCAUGAAACACGCCCGGUGAUGCUAUCAGGAUCAUCGUAUCCCGACUUACACGGCGGUGAUGUGCCCUCUAGAUGAUCGCAGUCAACGCAACGCUCGGCACGGGCCUAUACUGGCGCGGCGGCCAGAUCCUCGAGCUCGGCGGGCCGCUGUCAGUGCUGCUGUCGUUCCUCCUGCCAGGCAUGCUGGCGUGGGCCGUCAUGCAAUGCAUCACCGAACUGCUGUGCAUAUGGCCCAUCCCCGGAGCCAUGCAGCUGUACGUCAGCGAGUUUGUAGACGUCGAACUCGGCAUUGCCGUGGGUGUGGCUUACUGGUUCGUGAAAACAGUCCAUCGAGGUGACGCGACUGAACGGACGGACGGACGCGCCGAUUGAAAUCGCUGCUCACAGUUGAGAAAUUCAGGUUCACAUACU